CCAAGAUGCAAGGUCGAAUUACGAAAAAGGAAACUGAAACUCACUCUACCAUGCCACCACUCUCUCAAAUCCCACCUUCUUCUUCUUCUUCUUUUCCUCACCCUUCAAGCAUUGCUGAAGCAACUGCUAACACCACCACCACCAGAAAGCGUGUUAAGAGAAUGGUUCACUCCCAUUGUGGGAGCAUUAACAUGGAACGUGAAAGAAGGUCCAAGAUGACUCAAAUGUUCACUCAGCUUCAAACCUCGGUCCCUGGUCUCUUACCUCAGGCUACGAGAGAAGUGAUAGUAAACGAGACAAUUGGGUACAUAAAAGAGCUUGAGAAGAAGAAGCAGAGGUUGGAGGAGUUGAAGAAGUUGAAGGAGACUGUGAAAGGAGUGGAAGGAUCCACGGUUGAAUGUGGUAACAAUAAUAGAGAUUGUUCAAUCGUGGUUACUGUUUCUGCUAAUGUUGCAUUCUUUGGUAUUCAAUGGGUGCCUCGACCAGGUUUGGUGGCACAGAUUUUCAAGGUGUUUUGCAAUCACCAAGCAGAGAUUUUGGCUGCAAAUGUGACUGUUAAUAAUGGGAAAUUGAUAUUGGCCAUCACAGCUUCGGUGCAAAAUAAUGGAAACUGUGUGGUUGAAAAGAUUAAGAGAGAAAUUAUGGGUUUGUAGGAUCAAAACAAAUGAGUUAGAUUACAUGGUGUUUGAUUUUGGUACAUGUCACAGAAGGAGAUAACCUGAUAUAGAUCAUGAUUAGUGUGAUUGUGAUGAACAUCACCAGCAAGAAACAAUUACUAUGGUUCACUGUGCUCAAGUGGUUUUUUAUUUUUGAUUUUCUGAUUCUUGGUGAAGAAAUUGGAGAACAAUUUAAGUUACUUUUGGCCUAAGAAGGAAGGUAUAUAAGGGUGUUAGAUAAAGAAGAAAAGUGAUUCAUUGUCUCAAAGCAUUGCAAACAAUGUCAUGGACUCACAGACAUAUAAUAUGCUUUGCUUUGUGUUGUCUUUCUUCCUUCUAAGGUGGAGCAUUAGAAAUUUGUAGCACAAAAUGAGGCACUUACUGUUGAAGAUUUUGU